AUGAACCUCCAAUUUCAACCUUCAAGUUCAAACUUCAAGUUGAACGUACAAGUUGAACCUUCAAGUUCAAACUUAGAAUUCAACAUCCGAAUUCAACCUUCAAGUUCAAACUUCAAGUUGAACCUUCAAGUUCAACCUUCAGUUUCAACCUUCAAGUUCAAACUUCAAGUUGAAACUUCAAGUCCAACCUUCAAGUUCAACCUUCGAGUUGAACCUUCAAGUACAACGGUCGAGUUCAACCUUCGAGUUAAACUUCAAGAUCAAACUCCAAGUUCAACCUUCAAGUUCAACCUUCGAGUUGAACGUUCAAGUUCGACUUUAAGUUCGGAGUUCAAGUUCAACCUUCAAGUUCAACCUUCGAGUUCAACCUUCAAGUACAAUCUUCAAGUAGAACCUUCAUGUAAAACCUUCGAGUUUAACUUCAAGUUCAAACUUCAAGUUCAUCCUUCGAGUUCGAACUCCAAGUUCAACCUCCAAGUUCAACCUCCACGUUCAUACUUCAAGUUGAAACUUCAAGUUCAACCUUCAAGUUCAACCUUCGAGUUGAUCCUUCGAGUACAACCUUAG